UUUCAACAUUUCUUCUAGACUGGCAUUACAAAAAGUGGCCUUGAAUCUGUGGGACUCGGUCGGUGGAGGAGAACGUGCAGCAACCGAGGUAGCAGCAGCAGUAGAAACACAGAAAGACACUUCACCGAAGAGCGACAGCAGCCUCCCUCAGACCCAACAGAAGCACAAAUCAGCUGAAGCAUUAUGGACAGAGGACAUGAGUCCAGUGGGUGACAGGUUGCUGUCCACAGAGGAGCAGGUCACUCUGAUCACUGAGAGCAUGACAGUCACCUCCACUGACCAGGAGAAACUGCUGCUGCUCAACAAGAACACUGAGCUCCGCAGAGUCAACAAAGAGCUGAUGAAACUGAACGAAGACUGGGACCAGGUGUACCGCAGUGCCACGCUGGGUCUACAGCACAGACUGGAGACUCUGGAGCUGGAGAACACUGCCAUCAAACAGCUCAACACUAGGCUGCUGCUCAAAGUGGAACACCAACAGAGUGCAAAGGAGUACUAUGAGCAGGCUUUGAUGCAGGAGCUGAAGAAGAACCAGGAGCUGCAAGAAUACAUCAGGCUGCUGGAGAACAGGAUGCACCACCCUGAGAGAGCCUGCACACCUGCCAAACAGGGCAGCAGUGCUGUGGUAAGUGAUCCUGUGCCGUGCCCCACCAGUAAUACAGCCAGAGGUCCUGACCUGUCGUCCAGCCACAUCUCUGGGUACAACCCUUCAUCCUCGUUUCUCCCAGUUUCUUCAAGCCUGGAGGCAGGAUGGCAGGGAAAAAGCCAGAGCAGCAGCACCCCACUGGGAGCACUGGGAGACUCCCAGCAAGAAGUACAGGAUCUAAAAGAGCAGCUGGAGGCGCUAAGAUGUCAGACCCAGAUUUAUGAAGCGGAAUAUCAGACGGAGCAUGACGACCACAAACACACACUGCAGGAGAACCGGAGGCUGAGGAGGAAGAGGGAGGAGAUGCGCCAACAGGUGGCACUACUGCAGGAGCAGCUCAAGGUUUACGAGGAUGACUUCCGACGGGAGCGAUCUGACAAACAGAUGCUGCAGCGGCUGUUGUUAAAGAAAACGCCUCCAAGCAAAGACCCUGUGCUCAUCCACCGCUGCAAUAAUGAACAGCAGCCACUGGGGGGAGACAAGAGGACACAAAGUGGAGAGAAAAGAAAACAGCACCACCCUCUCUGCCCCAAGCACCCUAACAGGGACAAAGAGUCAGACUGAGGGCUUGGACAAAGAGAAAACCAUGAAAACCACACAGAACGUUAAGUUUAGACCAGAUGGAAAAAUGAAAAUCAUUAAAGUGUCAAUGAUUUGUAUUCACUCUCAUUUGGAAAACCAGCACAGUGAUGUUGCAGUGGCAAGUAAAAUUGGACUCUACAUUCAGUUUUAGCACUGAAUUUUCAGUUGUCCAUCUCUCUCUCAGACAGCAGUAUUAUCUGAUUAAUGCUGACAGUAGUAAAUAGUAUGAAGUAAGUGUUUAUAGAAGUAGCCCAACAUGAAUAUAUCUGUCCCUCAAGGUUUCUCCUCACUAAGCCUCAUACAAAUAAUGUUAAUGGUUCAAGUUGAAUUGUAGAUUAUUUUCACUUUAUCCUGCAAUACAAACUGUUAUUAAUUUUGGUACUUAUAUAUAUUUAAUGUAUCUAAUAUAAUUCUUUCUAAUAUAUAAUUAGAAGUUAACUUUCUAUGUUUACUCUGAUGUGGAGUAAAUUUUUAGUCAGAGUAAUAAAAUAAAUAAUGUGAUUUAA